AUGCCCGGUUCUCGUCGUCCCUCCUUGUCGGGCUGCGACGAGCCCGACAUCGAGGAAGACACCAAAGAUGUCGAGGCGCGCGUGGGCAGAGCUACCACCAUCACCUUCGAGCCUGCUGCCAACGAUCCGCGCACCUACCACCGUCCGCGCCCCGCGUCUCGCAGGCGUUCACGCUCGCGCAGCGUCGACAGUCGGCGCAGCAACGCCCAGACAUCGGCCGGCAUUCCCAUCGAGUUCCGCACCCUGUCCAUCCAGAUCUCCGAGUCGCAGAACGUCCCCGAGGACGUGCUCAAGACGCGCCAGAAGAAGGAGGCCUCCCCCAACAAGGACUACUUCGAGAGCCUUGACUUCCAUCUCCUCCCUGCCGACCGUCUGUGCCAGCAGUUCAAUGUCGACCCCGCCCGCGGUCUGACCAGCGCUGCCGCUGAGCGCAGGCUGCAGCGCGACGGCAAGAAUGUCAUCUCCAAGCACCACGAGAACUAUAUCAAGAAGCUGCUGCUCUAUGUCUUUGGCGGCUUCUGCUCCGUGCUGUGGGUCGGCGUCGUCGUCUUCUUCAUCUGCUGGCAGCCCUUGAGCAAUCCACCUUCCGUCACCAACCUGGCCCUCGCCAUCCUCGUCCUGAUCGUCAUCGCCCUGCAGGCCGGCUUCUCCGCCUUCCAG